AUGGGGCCCCUGGGCAAUAGGGGAUCAUGGGGCCCCUGUGUCCUUGCCCAAACUCAAAAAAGCCUAUGAAAAAGGUACCAGGGGCAUCUCAUGGGGCCCCCUACUGACCCCGGGCCCUCCGGCAGUGCCCGAGUUUCCAAAUGGUCAGUCCGUCCCUGUUUACAAAUUCAACGUAGAACUAAUGGCAAAACUUUUUUUUGGAGGGUUGUAACCCCUUUCAGUUUUUUCCUUCUGUGCCCCAAUCAUUGGCUUUCAGUUGUUUUAGUCAUGAAGGCUCAGCAUCAUAUGGGCGUGUUACUGUGCAAC